UCAGCCGCGGAGAGGCAGCACAGCGGCGGCGGCGGCAGCAGCAAGAGCGGCGGCCCCUCGGUAGCCUCGUCCUCCUUCCAGCCCGCCUCGUUGCGCGCUGCUUCCCGGCGCCCUCUCCCUGCGGCGGCGGCGGCGGCGGCUGUGCGCACACGGACCCGGGCGCGCAGCAGCUCGUCCCUCGGCCGCCCCUCCAGCCCUCCGGUGUUUCCAACCCCGGCCGGCUCUAUGGCUGUGUGCAAUGGAGACGCCAAGUUGGAGAAUGCUGGAGAAGAUCUCAAGGAUGGUCUCUGCCGCUACGAUGGAGCUGUAGUGAUACUUGAUGCUGGAGCGCAGUAUGGGAAAGUCAUAGAUCGCCGAGUCAGAGAACUGUUUGUCCAGUCGGAGAUAUUCCCUUUGGAAACACCUGCCUUUGCCAUCAAAGAACAGGGAUUUCGGGCUAUUAUCAUAUCUGGAGGACCAAAUUCAGUUUAUGCAGAAGACGCUCCCUGGUUCGACCCAGCAAUAUUUACGAUAGGCAAACCAGUUCUCGGAAUCUGCUAUGGCAUGCAGAUGAUGAAUAAGGUGUUUGGAGGCACGGUACACAAAAAAGAUGUCAGAGAAGAUGGAGUCUUCAGCAUUACACUGGAUAACACAUGUUCAUUGUUCAGGGGACUUCAGAAAGAUGAGAUUGUGCUCCUCACUCAUGGAGAUAGUGUAGAUAAAGUAGCGGAUGGAUUCAAGGUUGUUGCACAGUCUGGAAAUGUUAUAGCAGCUAUAGCAAAUGAAUCUAAAAAACUGUACGGAGCCCAGUUCCAUCCUGAAGUUAGCCUAACAGUGAAUGGGAAAGCAAUGCUGAAAAACUUCCUUUAUGACAUUGCUGGCUGCAGCGGAACCUUCACCGUUCAAAACAGAGAACUGGAGUGUAUUCGAGACAUAAAAGAAAAAGUAGGCUCGUCAAAAGUCCUGGUUUUACUCAGUGGAGGCGUGGACUCAACAGUGUGUACAGCUUUACUGAACCGUGCUUUAAAUCAAGACCAGGUGAUAGCAGUGCACAUAGAUAAUGGAUUCAUGCGCAAGAGGGAAAGCCAGUCUGUGGAAGAAGCGCUCAAAAAGUUGGGAAUUCAAGUCAAAGUGGUAAAUGCAGCUCAUUCGUUCUACAAUGGCACAACAACUCUGCCCAUCUCUGAGGAAGACAGAACUCCACGAAAAAGGAUUAGCAAAACACUGAAUAUGACAACAAGUCCCGAGGAAAAACGCAAAAUUAUUGGUGACACCUUUGUGAAGAUUGCUAAUGAAGUUAUUGGAGAAAUGAACCUGAAACCGGAAGAAGUCUUCCUCGCUCAGGGAACGUUGAGGCCCGACCUCAUUGAAAGUGCUUCUGUGGUUGCCAGUGGCAAAGCGGAAGUCAUCAAGACUCAUCACAACGACACAGAGCUCAUCAGAAAGCUGAGGGAAGAGGGGAAGGUAAUAGAACCACUGAAAGAUUUCCAUAAGGACGAAGUGAGAGUGCUUGGGAGAGAGCUGGGUCUUCCUGAAGAGCUGGUCUCAAGACACCCAUUCCCAGGUCCUGGCCUUGCAAUUAGGGUAAUAUGUGCCGAAGAACCAUAUGUUUGCAAAGACUUCCCUGAAACGAACAACAUUUUGAAAAUCAUAGCAGACUUCUCUGCGAGUGUUAAAAAGCCUCACACUCUGUUGCAGAGGGUCAAAGCGUGUACAACUGAGGAAGACCAGGAGAAACUGAUGCAAAUCACAAGUCUACAUUCGUUGAAUGCCUUUCUGCUGCCAAUCAAAACUGUAGGAGUACAGGGCGAUGGCCGCUCCUACAGCUAUGUAUGUGGGAUCUCCAGCAAAGAUGCUCCACACUGGGAGUCCCUUAUGUUCCUAUCCAGACUCAUCCCCCGCAUGUGUCACAACAUAAACCGAGUUGUCUAUGUGUUUGGCCCACCUGUCAAAGAACCUCCCACAGACGUCACUCCCACUUUCCUGACAACAGGAGUCCUUAGCACAUUGCGGCAAGCUGAUUUUGAGGCUCAUAAUAUUCUCAGGGAGUCUGGUUAUGCCGGAAAAAUCAGCCAGAUGCCAGUCAUCUUGACACCGUUGCAUUUUGACCGAGAUCCCCUUCAGAAGCAGCCUUCCUGUCAAAGAUCUGUGGUCAUUCGGACCUUCAUCACUAGUGAUUUCAUGACGGGUAUUGCAGCGACUCCCGGCAAUGAGAUACCAGAAGAGGUUGUGUUGAAGAUGGUGGCAGAGAUUAAGAAGAUUCCUGGCAUCUCCCGGGUGAUGUAUGACUUGACUUCAAAACCACCAGGAACAACUGAGUGGGAAUAAUUAUUCCCUCCCCCUUCCUUGUAUGAAAGUACUGUAUGCAGUUUUAAAUUAUAUCAGAAACCAUUCCCAGUGUU